UGAAUGCUGCUUCAAAAGGACACGUCACUGUCGUUAAAUACCUUUUGAAUACUGCUAACGCAAACCCUUUUAUAAAGAAUUGUCAUGGUGAAUCCGCUUAUGAUGUAGCCGCUGCCUCUCAUAAAGCAUAUAUUUGUGAAUUAUUGGAAAAAUCUGAACGUGAAUGGUGGAGGAAUAAAAGAAGAUUAUUGCAAUCAACAACUUCAUUCAAUGAUCGUAUGGAUUUACCAGCCCAACAUCAGCCAUAUAAUGUUUUAGCUUUCCACAACACUGUACCUAUUAUUCUUCAUGAGAAUCAACGCUUGUCCUCCACUUUUAGUUUAUCUAUUCGUAAUCCUCCAAGAUACUCAGCAAGUAACCUUUUGAAGACCGAUUGCAGCCCUUGGACCCUUCAACCUGAAGGGAAAUCCUCUUGUAAGGAUGACGUUCACCUUCCACUGGGACAUUCAUCGUCAUCUAUUUCAUCAAAAUCUUCGCAAAGUGACUGGUUUUGGCUUGCUGACUGGCUCGUUGAUUUUAGUUAUCCACGUGUUGACUCACAAGGAUGGCAGUAUGCUAGAAAAUUUGAAGAUCCAGAAGCAUUAUGGUCAGAGUCAUUACCAUUAAAUAGUAAUACUGGAGUUCGAAGAAGAAGAUGGGUACGGGUCAUGAAACGUCGUGUUGAUUUUGAUUAUUUAGAUAGAGGCGAAUCUCUUGUUCAAAAACACCAAGGCAACG